UGUUAUAAAAAUUAAAACAGUCAUCAUAAACCAGAGCCUACUACAUCUACACAUCCUACGAGACAAUCAGUAAUUACAACCUCUCGUUAUCAAUCUAUAUACAUGCAAUCAUCAUAAGUCUUGUCAUGUAAAACAGCUUCAGGCAAUGCAGUAAUUAUACUCCAUUAUUGUCAAUACGUUUAUGACAAGAGGAAAAGUGGUUGGCUGUCAUUACAUAUGAGGCACUGCCAAGCAAGUGUUGGGCGGUGGAUCUGUGCUCUAUCCGCGAUGAAACGUCCCCUCUACUCCCCACUCAUCCCGCAGUCAAUGGGAAGGCGAAGUGAGUGAAUAAUCAAUAGUGUGGCGUGUGGCAGCCAGUAGCGCUAGCUCACAGAGGCCUAUCACACUGACAAGUCGCUUUCACACAAUGUGAACCCGCAUGGUCUCUGACAGUGCAAUCAGUAACUUAAAAGAUUCUCAAGGAAAUCUAUGGAUUUAACAAGAAUAAGAAAACCAUUGCAAGAAGAGGUUGUCCUGAGAAUGCCGACUAUUAAGCAUCCGUCCAUCCAGAGAUAUGAGAACAAGGAAGAUUGCCCAGCCAGCCAUUUAGUCUGGAGAAUUACAACACACAUGAGUGGCUCGUAAGACUAUGGCCCAGGGAAGUUGGAACUUUUCUGCACCACAAACAAAUGGAUUUAGCAGCACGCAAAUGGGCUAUUUCCAAAGCAGUGAUGAUGCAAUUAUGUCAACACCAUUGUACUGGAUAGCUGGACCAAGGUCAAACGGCACGCGUGUUUUAGAGGAAAACAACAGCUUUUUGCAAAUCUGUGAUUCAAACAGCACAACGAUUUGGAAGCUUUCUUCACCAGUAUGUUCGACACGAUUUGAGUCAUUUGCAAGCGUGAUCAUUGUGGCGAUUGUCUUAACAUUCAUUACCCUUUGGACAAUUAUUGGUAAUGUGGGGGUUGUGUUGGCCCUGUACUACUACAGAACCCUCCGCACCAUGUCAAACUGUCUCAUUGGUAAUCUGGCCAUCAGUGAUUUAUUGUUGGCAAUUACCGUUCUGCCCAUAUCUACCACCAACGAUAUGUUAGGUUACUGGGUGUUCGGGGAGACUAUGUGUACAAUAUGGUUGUGUAUCGAUGUUCUAUACUGCACGGCUUCCAUUUGGGGACUGUGUAUAAUCGCUUUCGACAGGUACACAGCAACGGUGUAUCCCAUGUGGUACCAUGACCAUCGGUCUUCGAAGAAACUCAUCAUUUACAUUGUAUUCGUGUGGGUAUUUUCAAUUAUCAUAUCUUUCGCUCCUUUCAUUGGAUGGCCCGAUAUGAUCCCAAGUUUUCAUAGCUACAGCCCUGUUUUGAAUCGUUUUGAAUGUGUCUUGUUUUCCACUCAGAGUUAUGUGUUCUAUUCUGCAAUAGGAUCGUUUGUUCUACCAAUCUGCCUUAUGGUGUUUUUAUACAUCCGCAUCUUUUCUGUGAUACACAAACAAUCUCGCUCACUGAAAUCAAAGUCUAACCUUUCGUGCUUUACCAAAAAUACUUCGCCCAAUCAAAAUGGCUAUCCUGAGAUAAUCUCCCCUGAUGCUGAAACAAACACAGAAAUAAACAUGCCUCGGGACGAAACGGGCCUGACCGUAAUAACAGAGGUGAGUCCAAUAACCGAAAGUACAUACUUCUUAAGUGUCGGCAAUCUAAAACUCCAUCAAAACAGUGACUUGAAUAUGAGUGAGUCUGAUACAGAGCAAGUCAAUUCAGAUUAUGAAAACAUCUUGCAAACAGGUCCACCUCCUAAACAUGAGCAAAGAUGUCACAGUCUUCAGAUUUCGAACCCAGAUUCUGAUGCUGCAUACAUGUUACAGUCGAAAAAGCACUGUCAUUCCUCUCUACCUCAAAACGGUAUUAGGAAGACUUCACCGGGAAUAGGUGAUGGUCAGGGUCAUCUCAAUGGUAAACAGAGUGAUACGAAAAGGAGUAAAAGUGUCAGUAUCUUCACAGAGUGUUCCUCGGACUCGUCAGAAGAGAAAAGGAGUAUGGGAAGGAAAAUAAGCCGGGCUUUACCGUGGAAUCUGUUGAACGUGGAUCACGGCCGGCGAAUGACGAUCAGCAUGAAGCGCCGAUUGGAACUCCGCGAGCAACGGGCCACCAAGAGGAUGAUGCUCAUCAUGGCAUCAUUCAUUUUCUGUUGGAUACCGUUCCUGGUGAUGUACGUCACUCGGAGUCUGUACGCCGACUUCUACAUGAACGACCACUUCGCCGCCGCCAUCAUAUGGCUGGGCUAUGCAAACUCUGGUCUAAACCCAGUGCUGUACACUUUAUUCAAUGAAGACUUCAAAAAAGCUUUCAAGAAAUUACUUCACAUAGGUAACCAUAGACAGCCUUUUUGAUGUCCCUUGAGUAUGCAGAAUAAUUCAUAAUUUGCUAAUAACUAGUUCUAUAUAAUGCAAUCGUGGUUGUGAGGCAUUGCUUGUGUAUUAUAUAUAAAAUAUAUAAAAGACACAAGCAAUGUAUAUAUGUAUGUAUGUAUACACACACACUCAUAAAAAAUAUAUACAUGCUUUCUUUAAAAAUAAAUUUUGUUAUUUUUGUUUUGAGUAAGUCAUGUGAAAUGAUAUUUGUUCUCUACAUUUAGGUAAAACAGGUACAUGUAUAACAAACUGUACUUGUAUAUCGGUUUAAGUAAUGAAUAAUUCUAUAAUUUGUUUACUUCCUUCACCAUAUGCGAGGAACAAUCUUUCAAAAUCUUAGGUAAUUAACCGGAAGUCAGUUUGCAUAAUUUAACCUACGUAACUAAUUAUUUGAUUACAUGACUAAUACUUCUGUAAACCAGUGAUUUAUCAAAUCAGUUAUCUCUAACUUGAAUUGAGCAAUAGUUCACCACAUAACCGAUUAGUGGUUUGUGUGAAGUUAAAGCUGCAUAACUGGAAUGCAAAUAGAACGUUGGUUCACAUCAUUUCAUUUCAAUUUAUUUUCCGUGCUUAUUAAGGUUCAAGCAUGCUGUCCUGGGCACACACCUCAGCUAUGUGAGCUGUCUGUCCAGGACAGUGGGUUAGUUUUUAAUUGUU